AUGCUUCUCUUCCUUCUCAUUCUCCUUUUAAUCUCUUCCUCAGUUCUUGCAGCUUCUAACCCUUUCUCGAAUGCCAUGGAGAUCCUCUCAACCUCUGGCUAUCUCUCCAUGGCAUUAACCGUUCAAAUCACUUCGAAAAGACUCCAUCUUGAAUCAUCUGCUGCAACUAUAUUCGCUCCAUUGGACAUUGCAUUUGCAAGAUUAGGCCAACUUUCUGUUCUUGAUAUCCAAUAUCACAUCUCGCCAGUGAGACGUUCUGGGUAUUACCUCGAUAGUCUUCCUUUUGGUACAAGAAUCCCCACGUUGUUGCCAAAUCACUCAUUGAUUGUCACUACAAGUUUGAGUUAUUUUGAUGGAAAGUUGUCAAUCAAUGGAAUCUCGAUUGAAGAAUCUGCCUUGGUUGAUUUUGGGUCUCUGAUCAUAUUUGGGAUGAGUGAGUUCUUCAAUUCUUCUCUAGAGAUUUCUCCUAAUUUGACUCCAGCACCAGCACCAGCGCCAGCACCAAUUCCUAGUCCAGUUACUAGUCUUGGCAAUACUUCUCAGAAUGAAUCAUCAGGCUUGGAUGUCGAUUUUUUUGGCCAAGCUUCACAUUUACUACUUUCUAGAGGUUAUUCAAUAAUGGGAACAUUUCUUGAUGCGCAACUGUUUGGGAUCCAGAACCAGACAAGAUUGACAAUCUUUGCACCAGUUGAUCAAGCAAUGGAUGCAUAUGCAAAGACUGUUAGUGAUUAUUCAUCGAUCUUUCGGAAACAUGUGGUUCCUGGAUUGUUUCCAAGGCAAGAUUUGGAGGGGUUCAAUGAUGGAACAAGUUUGCCAACUUUCUCAGGAGGGUUCAUGAUUAAUUUGACCAAGUCUGGUGAUGUGCUUGUGCUUAAUGGUGCUCCUGUUAUCUUUCCCGACAUGUAUCAAAGUGACUGGCUGAUAAUUCAUGGCCUGAACCAGCUGCUUAUGCCACCAUUAAAGGAGGAGUUAGUGGGGGAAUCAUUCUCAGAACUCGAUGGGGCAGAAGAUCAGCCAAAUGUGCUUGAUUUUGAUGAUCGUCAAGUGCAAUUUUACACCUCCAAAUCACACAAAGCCCUCUUUGCAUUAAAAAUCUUCUGCCAUGAACAUGAUUUCUGUUCUCUAGGAAACAUAGGAAGUGAAACUUCAAGUCUUUAG